AUGCCAUCAGCAACAGGAAACAAGCGUGUCAGAGGCAUCUCAGUCUUUCGGCCAUUUGUAUUUGGCAGUGUCGCGCACCCUUUCGAUCCUCAGAACAAACCCGAAGACUGUCCCCCAGACCACACCCACCGAUGGCAGAUCUUUGUUCGGGGAAUCAACGGCGAAGAUAUCUCCUACUGGCUAAAGAAGGUCCAGUUCAAAUUGCACGAAACCUACGCCCAAAACGUGCGCACCAUCGAGCAACCACCCUUCGAAGUCUCCGAAACAGGAUGGGGUGAAUUCGAGAUCCAGAUCAAGCUCUAUUUCGUCCCCGAGUCGAACGAAAAACCACAGACUCUCUGGCACAGUCUGAAGCUUCACCCGUAUGGACCCGAUGCGGAGGGAAUGAAAGAGCGUCGGGAAACUGUUGUCAGUCAAAACUACGAGGAGAUCAUAUUCAACGAACCGAUUGAGCCGUUCUACGAGGUGUUGACUGGUGGCCCCUCCGGCGCACAAGGCAAAAGCAAGGGAAAGAACACCAAACAGCUUGGUCAGGGUCGAACGGCAAACAUUCCCAACAGCGAUACUCCUGGAAAUCCUUAUAGCCGGGUCACGGAGAACAAGGAACUUGAUCGCAUGGCAGAGGCCACACAGACAGUCGAGCAAAUGAUCAAAGAGGAGAAGGACCGCUUGGUCGAGAGAGAAAAAUUGCUGGCCGAGCUUCGAGAAAGUGAAGGAGUUCCUGCCAACACGAAACGACGAUGA